UCAAUGAACCAGGCGAUUUACCGAAAACUGGUUGGACGGGCCGAGGUGGGAAUAAACCAUCGACGCGGUGAUAUUAGUAUUAAUAGUAUUAGUAUUUUUUUUUUUAAAAAAAAAAGGUUAUUGGCACGUCAACUCUCCGAUCAAAGAUUUGUUUCCCCUUCUGUAGGCGAGCAACAUCAAAAGAGUGCGAUGUGGAAGAAUUACAGUUCUACUGUAGCCUAAUAGAGCGUUUUAACAUUGUAAUAUUUUUGGCUUUUUUUUUUUUUUUUUGGUCGGACAUAUUCUUUGAUUCAAGGACGAAGGAAUUAAACAUGAUCUUUGCAAACACCGCCAAUCCAGUGAGGACACCUUAUCGAAAGCAGCCUCCUGUUGCUCCGCCCACUCUCCCAAUGGCUCCGCCCAGUCCGAGCACCAAUAGCAGCACGAAUAACAGCAGCAGCAACAGCAGCACGACCGGAUGGGAGCAGCUCAGCAAAACCAACCUCUACAUCCGCGGCCUGCCCCCAUCCACCACUGACCACGACCUUGUCAAACUCUGUCAGCCGUAUGGAAAGAUAGUGUCCACAAAAGCCAUCCUGGACAAGACCACAAACAAAUGCAAAGGUUACGGCUUUGUGGAUUUCGACAGUCCAGUGUCGGCGCAGAAAGCCGUUGCAGCGCUAAAAAACAACGGAGUCCAAGCUCAGAUGGCCAAGGUGCGACAACAACCUAACGCUCCCUUCUUCAAGCAACAGGAACAAGACCCAACCAACCUGUACCUGUCCAACCUGCCAGUGUCCAUGGACGAGCAGGAACUGGAGAACCUCCUCAAGCCCUUCGGACAGGUCAUCUCCACCCGCAUCCUCCGAGACGCGCACGGCAUGAGUCGAGGCGUAGGCUUCGCCAGGAUGGAGUCUACAGAAAAGUGUGACGCUGUGAUCUCGCAUUUUAACGGAAAGUUCAUCAAGUCCACAUCUGGAAUGCUGGGUGCAUCAGAGCCGCUGCUCUGUAAAUUUGCUGAUGGAGGCCAGAAGAAGAGACUGAGUCAGACUAAAUACGUCCCCAACGGACGAAACUGGACACGGGACGCCGAGGUGAGACUAAGUGGGAUAACCUUGACCUAUGACCCCAACGCUGCUGCGCUCCAAAACGGGUACUACGCCCCUCAGUACAGCAUGGGGAACAGGAUAAUGACCCAGACAGCCGUGUCUCCCUACAUCUCACCUGUCUCCACUUACCCGGUUCAGAGUCCCUCCUGGAUGACACAUCAGCCUUACAUUAUGCAGCAUCCGGGAGCUGUACUGUCGCCCUCUAUGGAGCACCCCAUGUCCCUGCAGCCGUCCUCCAUGUUGGCUCCACUGACCCAGCAGAUGGGACACCUCUCCUUAGGCGGCACUGCCACUUUUAUUCCGGCAAACACACCUAUGCAAGGAGCGUAUAUUCCCCAGUAUGCUCAUAUUCAACCCGCUGCCAUCGCCACUGAGGAUCCCAGUGUGCAGCCCCAGGACGUGACCUCCGGUGAUCCCUCCACCUACCCAUUCCAACCGAGCAAGCAAUAAGAGGGUGACCCGUUGGAGGCGGAGUCAAAAGAGGGCUGCUAUGACUACAGGCUUAUCUUCCUUGUAGAGGAAGUGACAUCACAGAGGACAAGACACCUUUUUUUUGCACAGGUUCCAAAAAAAAAAAAAAAACAACAAAAAAAAUUAAUAAACCACACACACACACACAAACACGUACACACACACACACACACACACACACACACACAAUGUCCAAGGUUUAUUCAACUUCAACAACCUCAAAGAACAUGCAGCAGGUGAAUCGGCAACCGAAACAAUGCAACUCAUCACAGACAGACAGAGCGCCGGCAUGGGAGCGAGAGAGAUGGAGAGAGAUGGAGAGAGAUGGAGAGAGAUGGAGAGAGAUGGAGAGGGAUGGAGAGAUGGAGAGAAGUUCGACGUUUUUAUUUUAAUAAUGAAAGGAAACGAGAUGGACGCUUAUUUUUUACCAAGGACUUCGGGAACAGACCAAAGUCUGUGAACACUGGACUCCGGGAAUAAUAAUAAUAAUAAUAAAAAAAAAAAAAUUGCAGUGUGCUAGUACCUUUAGAUGCAUGAGAGGACUUUUUAGUAUGGUUCUUAGUGUGUUUUUACUGACCGUUUCUCACAUACAUGCACACACACAUACACACACACACAUACACACACGUACACACAAAAGAAUUUUACACACAUUUGCUGUGGUAGUAGCAACAAGGAGGUUUCUUCUUUUAUUUGAAUUUUUCUUUAUUUUGCUUUUCGUCUUCCGCACUUUGCCUUCUUCUCGGUCCGUAGAAAACAGAAAUUUGCCUUGUAAAUACUGUAGAGCGGGGUUUUAGGUUAUAUCGCCCGACGGCUGGUUGGUGUCGCUCUUCUUUCGUGUCUGUCAACGCGAACAAUUCACUUUAAGUCGUUCUCCGAAUGCGGAUCGUGUGAAAGUGUGCGUCUCACGGGAAAGACGGAUUCUGCUGUCCUCCGAAGUCUUCUUGCCUUUUUAUUGGUUUUUUUUGUUUUGUUUUUUUACUAUUCAGUCAAAAUCGAUGUCGUAGAUGUAGAUGAAGUUGUUAGUAGUUUUUUUUGUUGUUGUUGCUUUGUUUGUUUUUUUAUUCAGGGCGGGGGGGGGUGGUUAGGAAAGUGGGCGUGGUGGAGGUGUGGGAGGGUUCUGGAAUUUGGAGGUGGGGUUUGAUGGGUGGAGAACAGAAUAUAGAUUAUAGGGGACGUGCUCGAUGUUGGACAGACACACCGUUACUAGUUUAAUAGUUCAAAAAAAAAAAAAAAAAAAAAACAAGCAAGUGAUGAUGAUGAUGAUCAUGAUGAUGAUGAUGCUUUUUCUUUCCGAUGGCGUUUUUUUUCCCUUUAUGUUUGAACACAGUGUGUAGAGAUUUCUUGUACUGAGAGGCAGAUGUGCAAUGUUUCUUUAGAUAGAAAGCAAGAGUUGUACAGAACAAGAGUUGAGGAAAAAAAAAUAACGAGAUCCUUUUUUAAAAACGAAAUCAAUCACUGGGAGGUAAAUCCCGCAAUGUUUUUUUUUUUUCUUUCUGAUCGUUGUUUUUGUUUAGUUUUUUUUUUUUUCCCGCAAUGUUUAUCACGCAGUUACUUGCCCCUCCUCCCGAGCCCCGCCCCCUCCCCCUCAAGUUCAUGGCAAUAUUAAGGGCUGCAGCUGUCAAUCAGAAACUAAUUUAAGGUGCGGUGACUAUAGAAUGAAAUGAAAGAAGAAAAUAAACAACGUUUAGAGAAAAGAACGAACACAAACUUUGGGAAGCGACGAAGGAUCAGUGUAAAUUCGAAUCGAGUCCUGCUUAGGAAAGAAUUAAGGCAAUAAGAAAUUCUAUAAAUCGAGGCAAUUAAGAAACUUUCCACCAAAGACCAUCAAAAAAAGAAAUUCCCCAUCAGUGCGGACAAAUGCUGAGGUGCAGGUGUAUGGAUUUCUGGAAAUUGUGCCUUUUUUGCCAACUCGGUUAAAAGAUGGAGCUUUGUAUACUCAGACAUGAAGUAUCUGAGACUGAGGAGAAAUACAUGAAACGCUAAACUAAUCAAAGGCUAAUGAUGCAGAUUCAUUCAAAAGAGGCUUUGAUCUUUAACGUAGAUGAGUUAAACAGUCACGUGUGUUGUUUCUUUUGUUGUUAUUUGUUCGUUUUUUCCUUUGUUCAUUUUUUUGUUGUUUUGUUUUUUUGCAGCUUUUUUUUUUUUUUUUUGAUGUCCGGGUCAGCUUGGCCGUCGAUCUACCUCAGAGUUGUAUCUGUCGUCUGAUUGGUCAGGUUUGCAGGUCUAUCCUGCCCAAUCAGGAGGAAAAAAAUUAAUAAAACACCAGCUCUGGAGCUGGGAUCAUACAGGACUUAACAUUUUAACACAUCUGUUCGUCUGCUUGUUCAAAGGAAACGUUUGUGGGUUUAUUUCGGUGUCUUUUGUUUCGUUCUCUUUUGUUGUUGUUGUUGUUGUUGUAUUUUGAUGUUCUGCAUUCGGGCCAUGUGGAGAGUAAACAAUGUGGGUCUCUUUAUUCCGGUAGAAAAAAAAAAGCUGUGGGGUGAGAAACGCCUGCGUGACUGCUUUAAAAAAAAAAGGCAAAAAAAAAAAACCCCACAAAAAAGGGGACUCUGUUUCAUGAGAAAGGUUUCUGAAUUAUGUUAGGUAAAUCCAAAAGCAACACAGGCUCUACUGGAUCGGUGCAGAUUCGUUGAGUUUACCGAGGCUCGAUUCAAUCAACCAAAGUAACACAUCGUCAUUGUGAGAAGUAUGUAUAUACACAAGGGGCGUUCAGAUCAAACUGGGACUUUUGAUCGUGCAGGAUAACAAAACAAAAAACACAUUUCUUUAAUGCACUUAUCACAGUGUUUCACUAGUGCUUGGAGUAUCAAGUAUCUUAGUCUUCUGUAAAUGUAAAGGUUUUACGUAAAUGUAAAAGUCCCGGGUUGACUUGAACGCCCCUUUGUGCAUGUAUAUAUAUAUAUGAUUGAGGGACAUUUUUCAGUUUCGCCUGACACAAUCCUUCAUGUCAACGAUGAGUGAGUAAAGUGGAAAAAAAUGUUCUGAAGCAAAGAAACGAUACACAGGUUUCACAGAAAUGGGGACACUUUUUUUAUAUCGCGUAAUCGUACAGUACACACGCCACACUUUUUUGUCAGUGGCAACUUGUACGUUCAACAACAACAAAACCUGCUCCUGUGUUUUUGUUUCUAUUCUUCAACCUGUCGAUUUUUUUCUUUCUUUCUUUUUUUUUAUUUUUUUUUUAUUUUUAUUUAAAUGCUUUUUAUGGUUUAUUUCUAUGAUGAUUUCCUCUGUGAAAAACUUUUGAAUUAAAGACAGAGCUCAAACCUGA